AGAAUUUAUGAUUUGAUAUUGUCAAUUGACAAUAUUCAAUUGAAGUUAAAAUAAAUUUUAUAGACACUUAUUUUUUUAUUGUCGCACAUAACUUAUGAUUUAUUUCAAAGUCAUUUAAUUAUCCAACAACCACGGAAUCCGACCAAAACUCAACUACGUCAACGCUGACAACAUUUCCAAAUUCCAAAUCAAAAAAUCGCAAGUCGCAAAUCGCACAUCACACUUUGCCGUUAUCAACCUUUCAACACACAUGUGCGCAGAUCUUUGAGAUUUAUCCAUAAAUUUGGAGAUGGCUCCAGCAGGGAAGCGAAAGAGGAAUGAUAGAAAUUCCGUAGACCAGGGUGAGCCUCGACCUUCACCUCAUCGACCGGGAAAUACUCCUUUAGGUCAGCACGAAAGAGAUUCUGGUAUGCGCGAGGGCGGUAACAGAAGGAGUAGCAGGGGAGGCCAAGGUAAUCAGGGUGGAAGUGGAGGUGGAGGUGGAGGUAGAGGGCGCAGAAAUGAUGGUCGCAAUUUGAAUAAUGCGAGUAGUGCGAGCAAUCCUAGUAACCUCUCGAUAGCUACCAGAGCCACCCCAACACCAGGACCUAUGUCACCACCUCCCAGACCCUCGAGCGCUACCCAGACUCCAGCGCAAACUCCAACUCCAAUGUCCACGAGCGAUAUGGUCAGUCCCAGCUGGAACCCAGACCCUGCUCCCUUCGAUUACGUUUUCCUAACCGACGAUCAAAUGUAUUCAUGGAACACAACUGGCCGGCAAGAGGUGAUAGAAAAGGGCAUUCAAGCUCGUCAGGACGAAGAUACCAUGGAUUUGGCCACGGUAUGUCAAGAAUUUAUUCGAGCUACUCUCGACGGCCGCAUCGAUGCCGCGGAUGCGGGCAGUUGCAUCAAAGAAAUAUUGGGCCCAGAUACCUCACCAGCAGAUAAUGUCCCAGGCACCCUGGAACCGCAAGCUCUGUUUCUUGAUUGUCUAUCCAUGAUGUUUGAGUUAGAAGAUUUGAAAUCACCGAAUGCGGCACUUCGCACAUUUGUUUUCUCCACAGAUAUAUCACCAAUGGUUAUGCGACAAAAGUUAGACGCUACUCUUCUAUUGAACCUCGGGCUUACAAGAGAUACCUUUACACGCAUGGGGAUUCGACAAGCUACCCACCUCCUUUAUCGUCAGGCAAACUACAAUCUUUUGAGGGAGGAAACAGAAGGAUACUCGAAACUGGUUACUGAGCUUUUUACUACCAGUGGAAGUGAGCCACCUUCUAGUGAGGUUGUCGAGGAUGCCUUUGAGAAGGUGAAAGGUCUUAUCGGAACAUUUGAUCUGGAUGUAGGAAGAGUGCUGGAUAUUACGUUGGAUGUGUUCGCGGCGGUACUAAUUAAGCAAUUUCGUUUCUUUAUUAAGCUUCUUCGGGCCAGUUCUUGGUGGCCGAGAAGCGGCGAAUUUGAUAAGAUACCUCGAUGCGGGGGUCUUCCACCAUGGGCUUUACCGAGCGCCCCCGGUUGGACUUCCACCGAUGAAGAGGAAGAACUAUGUCAGAGGCAGCAGUUAGAGCGCGACAAAUUGUUUUGGAAAAGGGCUCGUGAAGUCGGGAUUGAAGCGUUCUUUGAGCUUGGGGGUAGGCAGCCUGUGGAUGAAUACACGAAACAACGACUUCUCAAAGAGGAUGAUGCAAAACUCGAUGCAGAUUAUCAAUGGAUUAAAGCCACAGGAACGUAUCCACCUUGCGGAAAUCGAACGGCAGCUCAGUUGCUUGGGUUCAAAUUACGUUUUUACGCUUCCCCCGCUCGAGAUAACGAGGAUGUAUUACCUGCGAAUCUAAUCUACCUGACAGCAUUAUUGAUCAAAAUCGGAUUUAUCUCACUCAAAGAUCUGUACCCUCAUUUGUGGCCUCUGGAUGAGGAUAUGGAAGCUGUUCGUGAUGCUAAGAUGAAAGAGAUAGAGGAGAAGGAAAAGGCUAGUCGUGGAGGCACAAUGAAUGCAUUGAUGAUGGCUGGCGCUCUGGUAGAUGACACUUUACCAAAUGGAGGACGGACUCGCGAAACCACAACUACCAAGGCUGAUGCUUCCGGGAAACAACCAGCAGAGGUUGAUGACAAAGACAAACUGAAUGAACCUUCAGACCAAAAGGUACAACUCCUCACUUGUCUCCUGACAAUAGGAGCAAUUCCUGAAGCUCUGUUUAUACUCGGCCGCUUCCCUUGGCUACCGGAGGCUUAUCCUGAGCUUCUUGAUUUGAUACAUCGUAUCUUAAAUCAUUCCAUCCAGCAUGUCUUUGAUAUGAGUCGACCAUCCACUUCAGCGAUACCCGACUGCCCGGCCAAGAAAGUCCUGGAUCCCGACCAAACUGGUAUGCCGAAAGGCUCAAUACGUUUGCUCGCUCUACCACCUCGAAAACAACUAAGAUGGCCUUUUCCAGAUAAGUUUGACACAAACGAGAACAAUGCUUACAGAUUCUACUGGGAUGAGUGGGCAGAUAAUGUACCUGUGUGUCAGACCGUAGAUGACAUCUUCACUCUUUGUGGAUCUUUGCUUAACUAUUCUGGUGUUAAUAUUGGUAGAGAUGCCACUUUACUGUCGAAAUUGGCUAGGAUUGGCACACAAAGUCUUGCAGAAGAUCGCUCAACACAAAAUUUCGACCGAUGGCAAGACCUUCUCAAGCGCCUCCUUGUUCCAGCAUUGAGUUUGACCAAAGCAAACACAAGCGUGGUCAAUGAAGUGUACGGUAUGCUUCGCUUCUAUCCUCUAUCCAUCCGAUAUUCCAUCUAUGCAGAAUGGUUUGAGGGCCAAAUCUCUCGGUUGCCACCAAUGAGAGCCGCAUUUGCCAAGACCAAAUCCGAGACUAUCAGCACGAUGAAGAGAAUUAGUAUGACUAAUCUCACUGUUAUGGCACGUAAUCUAGCGAAGAUUGCGUAUGCAUCGCCGGGCAUAGUCUUUAGCGUGGCCUUGGGGCAGAUUGAAGCAUACACCAAUUUGACUGAAGUCGUUGUCGAAUGCGGCAAGUACUUCACCGACUUAGGAUACGAUGUUCUGGUAUGGUCAUUAUUGAGUUCAUUGGGAGGAAAAGACAGGAAUAGGAACGAUGCAGAAUUUGCGCUUCUUCCAAGUAGAUGGCUUCUAGCAUUAUCAAGGUUCGCUGGCAAGGUCUUUAAACGAUAUUCUAUUAUGAAUUUGAUCCCUCUAAUUCAGUACGUCAAUGAUCAACUACACCGAGGCAAUUCUACCGACUUGGUCAUUCUUAAGGAGCUCAUCGCUCAAAUGUCUGGAAUUGUACCCGACACCGACUUCACCGACGCUCAAUUAGCUGCCAUGACCGGAGGCGAGCUCCUAAGGCGCCAGACAUUAAUCAACCUUCAAGACAAACGUUACGAAUCGCUAAAGACAGCAAAGCGACUGAUGAGAGCUUUGACUGAUACUAAGUUAGGUGGACAACUUUUGCUUUCUAUCGCACAGCACAGACAGUCGGCCAUCUAUACUGUUUCGGAUGAUGAAGCUCCUAUUAAGUUAUUAGCUACGAUGGUUGAUGAUACUCAAAUGAUUCUAUUCCAGUUUCUUGAUCUUCUUCGUAGCAACCUCUCAAUUGAAGAAUUCGAUGAUCUCGUUCCAGGAAUUUCUGAACUCAUGAAAGAUUUUGGCUUAGACCCAACACUUGCUUUCAUGAUCGGUCGUCCAAGUAUUUCGCAUCGUAUUUCCAAGUUACUAUCCAGACCUUCAUCAUCAUUGGCGGAGGCCACAGCUAUAGAGGCCGAUGCAGAAGGUGACGUUGGUAUGAAUAGCGAUAGUCAAAAUUCUGCGGCCAAGGAAUCGAUUGCAGUGAACGGCACAUCCGCCCCGAAGGAAGAUGUACAGAUGUCAGAUGUCGAGGGAGGAGAUUCACCCCCUGUAGCGGCACCACUUGAGACGGAUCCACUUCAUGAUCUCCUGCUACCAUAUAUUAAUACCGUUGAACAAGUCCUACCCGAAGGAUCUUGGGCGUUUCUUACUUCUGAAUUUUAUGUUGUGUUUUGGAGUUCUACUCUAAGCGAUCUGGCUAUUCCCAGCCACAGCUAUGAAGCUGAAAUUUCUCGCCUUCUCAAGGAACAAGGGGAUGUAAUGAAGGAUCGCUCAGACAUGAGUAGAGCCGGAAUGGCAAGAAAGGAAGAGACUAAGAAAGCAUUAGCCACAACGAGAGAAAAUUUACUAGCAGAAUUUGGCAAGCAAGUAGGUGCCUUUUCUGGAAAGAAAAGUCGUCUUCUAAGACGCAAGAAUUUAUGGUUCAGUAAUGUCAAGGGCGAUCUCGUCAGUGACUCAUUUCUUGAGCGAUGCUUACUUCCACGAUUGCUACUCUCUCCUAGCGAUGCAGAUUUCUCCUUCCGGAUGAUUAAGUUCUUACAUGACAAUGGCACGCCUAACUUCCGGACUCUUUCCCUUUACGGCAGACUUUUCCGAACAAAUCGUUUACGUUCAAUGAUAUUUACAUGUACGGUUCGCGAGGCAGAGAAUCUAGGUCGUUUCCUGAGAUUGGUCUUAUCAGAUUUGGCCCGCUGGCACGCCGAUCAAGCAGUAUAUGAAAAAGAAGCUUGGGGGCUAAGCAAAAAUCUCCCAGGCUUUGCAAAGGCUAUUGAUGCAGACGGAUCUGUAAAGGGGCUAUUGCAGCAUGAUGGUAACCCUGGCUUCAAAAAUAUCUUGUAUUCGUGGCACCAAAAAUUGAACGGGGCGCUGCGUGAUUGUCUUGAAGGAACAGAAUGGAUGCACAUUCGGAACGCUACGACCAUUCUUAAGUCCGUUGUCGAUGUAUUUCCAGCGAUCAACUUCAUGGGCAACAACUUCGUGAAGCAGCUCGAGACAAUUGCUGCUCGAGAAAAGGGAUUGCGUGAGGAUCUUUCUCUCGCUGGUAACGCCAUAUUGGUACAAUUGAAGAAAAAGUCCAAGUCAUGGGUGAUGGUUCAAGCAUUUGGUCAUAGUCUAGUAAGUGAGAACGAAAACUGCCAUCUAAUAAAACUAACACUAUUAUAGGAGGCCCCUGCGCAAGCGAACAACACUUCCCCUUCGGAUGCUUCUAGGCAAGUUACUGCUACCAAAACGACCCUGAAGCCCACAGCUCCGGAAUUCAAACCACAAUCUCGAGCUAAGUUAGUACCCUUAAAUCAAUGUAUAUAUUCUAGUCUAACAUUUUGAAGCUCUAUGGGAGUCUCUACGCCCAAAAACCCCACAACUGAAGUCGAAGAUGGCGAAGUUGACGAUGCAAAACUGGCUUCCGCAGCCGAUAAAGGUAACAUGUUGAAGGAUGCACCCCUUGAUAGUAGUAGCACUAAAGAUAGGAUUUCGUCGGCACCUACUGAAGGGAAGAAAUCUGAGAUCUUAUUAAGACGGGAGAGGAUCUUGCGCGAAAAUGCAGCCAGGGCGUCAACGCCAAAUCCCACGCCAGCAAGCAUACCACCACGACCUGAUUUACAAAGAAAUAUGCCGGCAAAUCAUAAUCUACCUAAUAGACCCGAUGCUCCCAUACCUGGUCGCCAAAUGAUGGAUCGCCAUCCCGCUAGGAAUGAGGAUAGGCGAGAUAUACGAGAUCCUAGAGUUACAGAGUUGGUUCGCGAUAGGACUAGGGAUCGUGGACGUGACUUUUCCCCGGGUGACAGAAGGGCUAUGGAUACUCAGCCAAGAGAUUUCAGAAAUAAUGAUCGCGUACCAAACAAUGAACGUGACCGCCCUCGAACAGAUGCAAAUCCGAGAUGGAAUGCUGAAUCAGGCAGAGAUGGCACAGAUCGGGCUCCGUCCAAUGGAUACCGUACUCCUGAUAGUGGUGGUCGUUUGUCUCGUGAAACAGCCAUACCUUCACCCAAGGCAUCUGCCACAUCGGAUCGCGGGCUAGGCCCCGCAAUCAAUCCUGAACGAUUGGCACUAGUUAACUCGGAGAGACAGGAAUUGAUUAAUCCUGACCGAGCCGCUCUGAUAUCUGGUGGAAAUGAGCCAUCUCGUUCCGAUUCACCUCGUCGAGCUAGAGAUGAUGCUAGAGAACGCUCAUCAAGACAGAACUCACCGCCUCCAAGACGCCAUGAUUCUGAGAAGGAUCAUCAACAUCCAAGACGUGAUGAUAGGUCGAAUCGGAACCCACCCAUUGAUCCCCAAAAUACCUCAAGAGGCCGUGCUGAUGAAGUUGCACCACCACCAGCCGGGCCAAGAGGAGAAAGGCCAGGAGUACCUCCACCAGAAAGAUCAAGAGAUACUUCCUCAUUUCAACAAUCACAACCUCCACCGCGUCCUGUGGAUCCCGACCAUGGCAGACUUAAUAGAUCACAAGUGGAUCCUAACUUUGGUCGGUUGAAUCAGCAACCGGACAUUCCAUCUGGGCCUCGUGACAGGAACCGCGGUAAUAAUCGAAUGGCGAAUGCCCCGCAAGGACGACGUGAUGGCAGGCCGACGAAUGCUCCUGUAGUAGACAUACCUCGACCACCAAGUCCAGACAAGCAACCUCCGACUGGUCCCUCUGGUGGUCGGCAUCUGCGACGGUUAGACCGAGGACAGAUUGAACCCACAGCAUCUUCACACACUGUUCUACCAACUGCGCCGGUUGUACCAACUCCAACAUCUGGAGUGCAUCCAGAUCGAUUGAAACAUUUGGGUCCACAAGCUUCUCAGCCACCUGUACAGGCACCACCAGUGGCUAGUGUAACCCCUAGUGGGAUGCACCCAGAUAGAAUAAGGAGUUUUGGCGGACAAACAGCAGCGGCAAAUAUCUCACUGUCUCACCAAGAUAACGCACGUUCAAGACCUACUGCACCACCUCUCCAAACACAAGUUGCUCCUCUUGGCCCCAAGUCUCAGGCUCAAAAUAGCCCUGUUUCUCGAAUGAAUGGAGCACCAACUGGACCUGCCUCAUCGAACGAGCGUGCUCCACGUGGUGGUAGACAGCCAAAUUUAAUUAACAAUAUCAAUCGAAUGCUUGAAGAAACCAAGCAUCCACAGGGGCAGGAACGCCGUGGAAGACGUCAAGGAGGUCAACCACAAACUCCAAUUUCUGGUCCUCCUACACCAAUCCUACCACCUCCGCCACCUCCGCCGCCCGGUCCACCCCCUGUGCAAGCCAGAGAUUCUGGAAGAGACCUGAUAAAUCCUGCUCGUGCUGAUUUGAUUGGUAACACGGCUCCAGGCAAUGAUGACCGCGGUCGCAGUGAUCGAGGAGAACGUGGUUUGAGAAAUGAUCGGUCUAUCCGAAGUCGUCGCAGUUCACCUAGCGAUCGCAAUAGGGACCAGAAACGUGUUGGUCCUCCAGAAGAUGAACGCUCAUCCAGGGGUGAACAUAGGAGCCGUGGAGGCGAUAGAGAGUCGAGAGAUUCUGAUAGGCAUUCAAGAGGAGAACCUUCUGCAAGCAGAGACUUAUUAGCUGCCAGUGGAAGGGGGGAUAGAGAGCACCGCGAUAGGGAUGGUAGUCGUCGGGAUGCACAUGGAGGUGAUCGCGACUCUCAACGUGAUCAGCAUGGUGGUAAUACCGGUAGUGGUAACUGGCCCAAUGGCCCUGAUAAUAGAGGAGGUGAGAGGGGAGGGGAUAGACGGAACCAACGAUCAGACAGAUCUGAUAGAGGUGACCGCGAUGGACGAGGUAUGCGGGAUGAUGGUAGUGGCAGUGGCAGGAAGAGACGAAGCGAUGCAGAUGGUUUGAGAGAGGGUGGUCAUGAUAAAAGACCCAGGAGAUAGAGGAGAGAGAUUCCAAAAUCUCUAAUGGCAUCCAAAAGAGAGAUUAUUGUAAAGUGUAAAAGUAUUCAAGGGAUGUUUCACGAGGUUAAACAUGCAUACUAUUAGGCGUUCUAAAAUCUCUUCCCUUAGCUUAGCUUCUUCCUUUGUCUUGUUAGCAAGCACAUGUCUAUGAUAUAUGUGGAUUUCACUCCAUGAUUCUUCUCGUUUGUGUAUUUAUGACGGUUAAGAUAGCGAACCAGGAAUAAAUUUAUAUUGCACAAUUGACUGGGUGAAUAAUAUAUAUAAAAUUUCUUUC